AUGCCUUCUCCAUUCCACCAGAAAUACUCAUCGCAAAGCCACAAAGUUUUCGGAGACAACCCAGUCCCAGACAUGCCAGAAAGUCCUAAAGAGAACGCGGAUCGCCGUGGUUCAGAUGCCUCAAUAGGCUCUGCGUCUGGAUCUCCUUAUGGACGACGAAGAUCGUCUGCCACCCAGCGAUAUGCCAACCUCCACGCCCUGAAACGCCCAGACAAUGAAGAGCACGCGGCGAGGAGAGCAUCUCUACACGACUCAUACGGAAAGGUCGGAGUGCUCGGAAGCCUAUGGAACAACUUCACACGCGGUCCAGUAACAUCACCCACUAAGGCUGCGGAGCCCAAAGACACUACCACCCUGCGUGGCUGA